UCAGCUGGGCCCCAUCCACCUGGCUCUAAGGUCUGUUAGUCCUAGGCGCCGACGGAGGUGUCCCCUGGGUUUACCUCGCCGCCGCCGGGCCCCGCUCCCCGCCCCCAGUCUCGGCCGCUGCGCAGCCACUCUCACUACUCUCCUUGACUUAACCAUUCCCGGGUUUCUGCCGUCGGGGCGCCGGGGCCGGGCGAAUGAUGCCGUCGGAGAGUGGAGCUGAGAGCCUGGAGCGGCCCGCUGCGCAAGUGGGGACGGAUGCGUCCUUGGCAGUGGCCAUGGCUGGGGCGGCCGGCGGCGGCCCGGACCCGGAGGCCUCCUCGGUCUCUCCGGGACGACACCAGAGCCGGCUGAGCUGGCCACAGGUGAAGCGGCUGGACGCGCUGCUGAGUGAGCCGAUCCCCAUUCACGGGCGAGGCAACUUCCCCACGCUGAGCGUGCAACCCCGACAGAUCGUGCAGGUGGUCCGCAGCAGCCUGGAGGAACAGGGAUUGCAUGUGCACAGCGUUCGAUUGCACGGCUCAGCCGCCAGCCACGUGCUGCACCCCGAGAGUGGCCUGGGCUACAAGGACCUGGAUGUGGUGUUUCAGAUGGACCUGCAGAGUGAGGCAUCCUUCCAGCUGACCAAGGCAGUGGUCCUGGCUUGCCUGCUAGACUUCCUGCCAGUGGGAGUGAGCCGGGCCAAGAUCACACCUCUGACACUCAAGGAGGCCUAUGUGCAGAAGCUGGUGAAAGUGUGCACAGACGUGGACCGCUGGAGCCUCAUCUCACUAUCCAACAAGAGCGGUAAGAACGUGGAACUCAAGUUUGUGGACUCGGUGAGGCGCCAGUUUGAAUUCAGCGUUGACUCCUUCCAGAUCAUCCUGGACUCCCUGCUGCUCUUUGACCAGUGCUCGCCCACACCCAUGUCAGAGGCCUUCCACCCGACUGUGACAGGCGAGAGCCUCUAUGGGGAUUUUGCUGAGGCCUUGGAGCACCUGCAGCACCGAGUCAUUGCCACACGAAGCCCUGAGGAGAUCCGUGGUGGUGGCCUCCUCAAGUACUGCCACCUCCUGGUGCGGGGUUUCCGUCCAAGGCCUAGCACUGACGUUCGGGCCCUACAGCGAUACAUGUGUUCCCGUUUCUUCAUCGACUUUCCGGACCUGGUGGAGCAGAGGCGCAUUCUGGAGCGCUACUUGGAGGCCCACUUUGGCGGAGCAGAUGCAGCCCGCCGGUAUGCGUGCCUUGUGACACUGCACCAGGUGGUCAACGAGAGCACCGUGUGCCUCAUGAGCCACGAGCGCCGCCAGACGCUGGACCUUAUCACCAUGCUAGCCCUCCAGGCGCUAGCUGAGCAGGGCCCUGCUGCCGCUGCUGCCCUGGCCUGGCGACGUGCAGGCUCUGAUGGGGUUGUCCCAGCCACAGUUAAUUACUACGUGACCCCCAUGCAGCCUCUGCUGCCCCGGGCUCACUCCUAUCCCACCUGGCUGCCUUGCAACUGACUCUCAUCUUGGCCAGAAGGCAAUGUGCACCAUGGGGGUGGGGCAGGUUCAUCAGGUAUGUGGGGAGGAUGUAACCAGACACAGGCCAUCCGUGGCAGCGGGCCUGGGACAAUAGGGUUGGGCCUUUGAACAGACCAGACUUUCCCUGCAUGAGGCUCCUAUGGGCUCAAAGCCAAGUCAGGUUCUUGACAGGAGAACCGUUUGGUCAUCACACCACACUCUUGGACCUGCAUGACUUGGGUCACGGAGGCUAACUUGUCUUGAAAAGACAAAGUCAGCUCUGGUGUUCAUGGGGGGAGCAGUCUCAGUAGAAACACUUUGGGUUAAUUUCUCUGGCCUAGAUGGGGUCAGCCCACAGGGGCCCCAGAAGCUCCUACGCUGGCUAAACUAUGACGUCAUAUGACUCACUUGGGGUCUAGCUGAAUGAUUCACAGAGCCUGGUGGCUCAUCUUCGCUGACCAUUAGGUAUGAGGCAGCUCCCUGGGUUUUUGGAGAGAUGGGAAUUCAGUCUCUUGAGACCUGCAUGAACUUCUUGAGGUGCUGAGGUAUAUAGUUUACAGGUUCUAAACACCCAGGAUAGGAUGCAUACACCUCCCAGCCUGUCACCCUCUCCCUUCCCUUGUGGCCCCUCAGGAACCUGCUGUCCGGACACUCAAUGCUGGGUUCAAGGUUGCCACAGUCAGCCACCCAUUUGCUUGGUUAUAGGAUUUUCACACAGCUGGGGGGAGGCCCUUCCCUCUUCCCAUUCCUCUGGACUGGUUGCUGUGCUACACUCUUCCCACCAAUAAAAAUUGUCUACACCGA